GCACUUCGAAAGGUCGCCAGCAGCGAUGGCGCCUCCGCAAUCGACGACGAUCGCGCUGAUCAAGCCCGACUGCGCGACGGGAUAUCGGUCUCCAGGAGAGGGGGAUGCAUCGAAGAAUGGAACGAUCCUCGACGACAUCAUGCAGCGCAUCAAGGCGGAAGGGUUCACCAUCGAGCAACGCCGGACGCUGCAGCUGACGAAACCCCAAGUGCGGCAACUAUACAGGCAUUCUUGGGGAGACCCUGAGCUGGAAGGUGUCUUGGACUUUAUGGUGAGCGGGCCUUGCAUUGCGCUCCAAUUAGACCGCGACGACGCCGUGGAGCAUUGGAAGGUCGUGAUGGGACCGAUGGACCCUGCAAAGGCUAAGGCGGUGGCGGGUCCCAAGCCUUUGCUUCGCGGCGUGUACGGGACUACUCCCGUGCGAAAUGCGUUCUACGGGAGCGAAACCAAGUUGUGUGCCCUUCGUGACAGACUGCUUCUCUUUCCAACAGCGUCGCCCGUGCUGCAGCAGGCGUUGGCAAUCGUUAAACCCACAGCAUUAAACUACGUCGAUGCGCUAUCAGUGCGAUUUGAGCGGGAAGGCUUUUUCCUCAUGGAUCGCGCACAAAUCGCUAUCGAGUCGGACGAGGAAUUGCUGCUCAUGGCUGAGUCCAACGACCCCGCCUACGACUCGGAGCUCAAGUUGGCCAUGACCACUGGCACCUCUGUCGUAUUUUUGCUUGAAGGGCUGGACAUCGCUGCCAAACUGGAGCUUUUGUUGGGGUCGGCUGACCCGGUAGAAGCCCAAGUGUACUUUCCAACCAGUAUUCGAGCGGAAAUGGGCGUGUCGCUGGCCCACAACGUCGUAUUUCCGUUGCAUUCUGUUCCGGCGGCCCACAAAUACAUGCAAAAGUGGUUCCCCGCCUUCUUUGCGUUGGAGCCCGAGCAAACGUUGGCCAUUAUCAAGCCUGGCACGGCCAAUUUGCAUGCCCUAGCCAUUCAAAGCAUCAUUUUGGCGCAUGGAUUUCGAAUCGCCCGGCAAAGUCGACGCCUCUUCAGUCGCGAAGACGCCAUGGAAUUCUACGCCGAACAUAAGGGCAAAGCGUUUUACGACAAGCUGAUGGCGUACAUGACGAGCGAAGUCGUGGUUGUUAUGAUUCUCGUCCGUGUCAAGGCGGUGUAUGCGUGGCGAAAGUGCAUGGGGCCAACCAACUCGAAGACUGCCAAGGACCAGUACCCCCAUAGCAUUCGGGGGCAAUAUGGGAUCGACGGCACCCAGAACGCCACGCACGGAAGCGACUCGCGUGGCAGCGCUGACAGGGAAAUCUCCCUCCUCUUUCAUGCCCCGGUCGCCGUCCCCCUGGGGGCGUCCGUUUCCACCAAGGAGGUCGCGGGGAGGCCGAUCCAGUACUUGAGUCGCGACAAGACGCUGCAUGAAGCGUUGGCGCGGGGAGUGACGCUGCUCUGUCAGCAGGACCCCAAGCUGGACGGGUUGGAGGCCGUAGCGUGGCUGGGUCGGUUUCUCGCGACCUUCGCCACGAACGAAAGGCCAGAGACUGCUGUAGUCGCCCGCCUCCCAAGUGGGCCUCCUCGCAGUCGACGAAGCCAAGAGGCUGCGGAUUUGGGAAUUCCCCCCUUGGCGGCGUUGCAUGUGGUCGGGUUCUUUGGUCGCGGGUCGAAUCGAACGCUGCUCGCCACGCAAAUCGCCAAGGACUUUAAUUACCACUACAUGGACAUGGACGUCCUUCUCCAAAAGAAGGACACACAAGAAGACGACAUGGUGGUAUUGGUCAAAGCGUUCAAGCGAUGUGUGUCGAAGCGCAUCGUGCUGGACAAGUGCCCGCCAGAAUUGGCCUUUUACCUCUCCUUUCAACGCCAUGUGGCUGGGUUUGUAUGGAUCACAGUUGUGGCAGACGACGAGCCCGACAGACAGCCGUCUCAUCACGUGGCGACUGAGGGGGUGCCAGAAGUACUGCCCUUCCCUGUGCAUUCAGCGGGGGAACGAGAAUUCUACGACUACUUUCACCGAUUUGGCCAGCUCCACUACGUGCCUCCACGGCCACACUUGGCCACUGCCCUGACGCAGCACAUGUUUCUAGCCGACGUCCACGGGGCUUUUUCCCCUCGCAUUCUUCUCGUCCACGACAGGAACCGCGUCAUUCCGUCCCAUCAAUGGCAUGAUUUGGCUCAGCACUUUCGAUGGUCCGUCUUGGACUUCUCCGCACUGGUGGAGCAACAAGUCGGUCGAGAAGCCAGCAAAGGUCACGCAGGAGUGUACUCGACGAUGGCUCGGACGAAGGAAACGAUGCCACUGGACCUGAUCGUGCGGCUGCUAGCCCAAGCCAUCGCCAUCACUCCGACGGUCCACCGGUUCGUGACGAUCAACGUCCCCCCCCAUGCGCUCCUCUCGGCUGGCUUUGUGUCGCUCGUGGACACCACCACUCGGUGCUUCCCCCCCACGCAACUGAUCAAUAUCGAGCCCAAUCCCCUGUGGCGCAACACGAACUUGACGUCGCUUGAAUGGCGCGGCCAUGCCCUGGGUCAUGUCGUUCCAGUGUGGGUGGAUGGCCCCGCCGAGUCGACGCACUUGCAGUCGAUUCUGCAGCCGGUGCUCGCACCAACGGUGGCCUUUUCCAUCGACGAAGGCAUUGAAAGUGGGGGAGACGACGCCACCAUCCUGGCCACCGCGCGGGCCCGGGGCUACUUGAAAUUGAGCGCAAAAGACGCGCUGCGAGCUGAAAUCCUCGCUCGGUCGGCCGACGGCGUGCACAUCCACGAAUUAGUCCAAGCGAACGAGCCCAUUCCGGACGACGUGGUGGUGCGCGUGCUGCACAAGUUCGCUUUCCAUCCUCACCACCGCCGCAUCUUCCUCGACGAUUUUCCUGCCACGGUGGAGCAGACGACAGCCAUUUCCGUUGGCCCCCUUGGGUCGCCGUCGAUGGUCCUUCGAAGCCACGAGUCCGCCACGCCGUUCAAGCGCGACAUCCUGACGCAUUUGGCCCUGUCGCACGCGGUGGUAACGCUCACUGGUCCCAAUUUACACGCUCAUUUGAGCCAACUGACCGCGUCCGCGGUGCUGGGUGACGUGUCGGACCUGGAUGUAUCGCGGCUGCAGCGCCAUUUCCACGUCGAGGGCGUGCACGUGCUGCCCAUCGCCCACGUCGAAGCCAGCGUAGACACCCUGUGGCCCCAUCCAGGCCACCCCAUGGACGAUCGGUCGUUCGUCGAGUUGGUGUGUCUGAUGCUUCGCCAGCGAAACCUGCGCAAAGUGCUCUUCAUUGGGUUCCCCCGCACGCUGUUGGAGGCCCAAACGUUUCGAGCUAUCGGCGUCGAUUUUGAUCACGUGGCCAUCUUGACCAAGAAGGUGAUGCCCGUGCCGCACGCGUUGACGGACGAGGACUACUACUCGUCCGACGAAGAAGUCAAAGCAAGAAAGAAGAACGCGCCGGAGCCCCAAUUGAGCCAGCUAUCGCGGUACUUUACAGAUACAGCCCCCCGAGGAGCGAUUCAAGCAUUAACGUACGUGGACAUCACCCGCGUGUACCCCCACCUCGAAGCAUGGUUCCGACCAAAUGUCAUCUUGGCCGUGGGCAACAAAGCCAGCGGCUUCCACGACGCCCUCCAGCGAGCGGCCCACUCGUCCAAUUGCGUGUACGUCCAUGUGCCGACGCUGCACGCGAAGCAUGUGCAGCGAUUUCCGUUCAGCGACCGCGCCAAGCGUAUCCGAGCGGCGUGGACCGAGCGGCGACUGGUGGACGUGGAAAUUACCGUGGAUUUGGUCAAGACCGAGGUGCUGCGACAACCCGUGUCGACGCGCGUCGUGCUCACGGGGUUUCCUCGGAUGAUGGGCAACACGAUGCCGUACGUCCACGAUCAGGUUGUGGCCCUGACGGAGCACGUCGGCGCGGUGAACCAGUUGCUGCACUUCACGGCGUCCCCGGCGACGUUGUUGGCGCGAGUGGGAACUAUCGAAGCCGUGCAUGCUCACACGGAUGCGUUCAACGCCGAAAACGCGCCGUUGGUGGCUUUUUGCAUCAAGAUGAACAAGGUCGUGACGACUGUCAGCGCCGAUGUGUCGCUCGGCACUUUGACCGAGGACAUCCAGACGCUCUUGCUUACGUAGAUUCUUUGUCGUGCUAUAUAGUACUAUGUCAACCUCACUGAUCUCACCAUACCAAUUCAAUCUAACGUUAGUAUUGCA